AGAUGGAAGUCCAAACGGCCCUGGUACUGACGAUUCAGCUGAUAGCGUUGUUUUCGAUAGCGGGUGCGUUGCUGCUGUAUCUGCUCUGCAAGGUGCGAGGAACGCGAGAUGAUGCAACCGGAACGCAGAAAGGCUCGAUACUGAUCACCUGUGCCGAUACCGCCCUAGGACUGCAGAUCUGCACAUUCUUCGCCAGCAAAGGACAUCGGGUGUUCGCCGGUAUGAAGGACCCGGUCGAAUCGCUACCUGCCAAGCUGUUGCGCGGUUGGAUGAAGAUGCGCGAAAACUCCGACACACCGGUCAGUGGUUCGGUCGUACCGAUGAAGAUUGACGUUACGCGGGAGGACGUGCUGCGUGAGGCGGCCGAAUCGAUGGGUGCUCAUCUGAAUGCGGGUGAACGGGGCAUACUGGCCGUCAUCAACACGGCCGGAUCGGUGUACCGUGGUCGUAUCGACUCGCAGGACUCGCUGCAGUGGGAAAACAUGUUCAAGAACAACGUCAUGGGUUGUCUACGGACGGCGCGUGCCUUUAUCGGGCUGUUGCGACCUACACGGGGCCGGCUGAUUCUACUCGGAUCCGGCAACGAUGACGAUGGGUUGACAGUGUUCAUGGCUACACGAAAUGCUGUGCAGGGAUGUGCUGAUGCGCUGCGCAAAGAGCUGAAACCGUACGGUGUGAACGUUGUGACACUGGAUUCGCGGGGUGUCCCAGCGGAGUCACUGUUUAAGGCACCGGUACCCUACACCAUCUCGGACGAGGAAGGUGUACCGACGCAGUACAGCGCAGACGUGCUCACCAGCUCGGCGCUGGGUGUAAUCGAGCGAGCCCUGUACGAUACUCGCCCCAGUGAGACCUACUGCCUGUCGGUGCCAAAUAGCAAGUUCCAGAUGAGGUUGCCCUGCCGGUCAUCGUUGAAGAUUUCCGCCAGCCGUGCGGACCCGAAACCCAUACAGAGUGUCUGAAAGCUAGCCGGCACUCGCUCCCGGCAACACACAGAG